AAAAUAAGCAUUUUAGUUUUUUUUUUUAAUUGCUAUUUUAUUAGGCCCUAACAGAAUCUCCCGCUCAACUCUUCUCACAAUUCUCUGUUUCCACAAAAGAAAAAAUCGAAAUCCUCUCGCUCUAGCUUCAUCGUCUCGUUCCGAAGUUUUGUGGAAUGGAUCCAAAAGGAGCUCUACCAGAUUCUACUGGUGAUGAGGAACUCACAAUGGAGGAGAAAGCUAAGACUGCUUCUAAGAACGCUAAAGCUCGGGCUCUCAACUUGAAGAAUAAAGCAGGUGAUGAAGAGCUCACAAUGGAGGAAAAGCUCUGUGUUGUACAAGAGGAGAAAGCUAAGAAUGCUGCUAAGACUGCUGCUAAGAAUGCUAAAGCUCGGGCUCUCAAGUUGAAGAAGAAAGCAGAUGACCAGGCCGAGCUUAAACCUGCUGCUGCAAAUGCUUCUCCUCCUCUAGUUGCUGCUCAUCCUGCUGUUGGUUCAGAUUCGGAUGAUGAACCUCCUAGGGAGAUAUCUAAUGAAGAAGCAACUAGCAAGGAACUGUACCUGCAGUAUCUGGAGUCGUCCACUAUCCAUGUCAACCCAUUUCCUCUGAUCCGCUCGCUUGAGACCUUUGAUGACUGGAACGAUGAAGACUGCAAGCGUUACUUCGACCACUUGUUCUAUGAGAAGGGCCACCGUUACAUGAAGCAGUAUGAACUCGACUUUAUCCAGACUUACUCCACUCACAAUCCCCAAGGCCGCCACUCUCGUUUUGAUGAGUGAAGAAACAAUGAUCUCAAUCGUUUUCAAUAAAAAAAAACUGAUCUUGUUUUGGUACAUUUCUUACUUCCUUCCGUUACAUUUUUGCUUUUUAAGUCAAACUAUGGUUUUUUUUUUUACUUUCCAUUCAAUAUCUCUUCUCUCAA